AUGCGGGCCGACUUCCUUCUUCCACCAUUGCUUGGUGUGAUUGCCUUGCUUGCUUGGCCUGUGUCGGUCGCAUCCUCUCUCACCUACUGUUCUUCGGUAAAUACAGGCUCCUCGCAAGCAGCAAACGAAAGCACCUACCAGUCCAAUGGUCUUUGCGAGGACCACUGCAGCAACUAUGCGUUUGGUAUUCUUCAGGGAUACGACUGCUGGUGCUCGAACAUUGUUCCCAAUGAAGCGACCAACGUGAACACUUCGCAGUGUAGCCAGGAUUGUCCCGGUUACCCCGAUGAUAGCUGUGGAAGUACUUCAAAGGGCCUUUACGGUUACGUUGAGAUCGUUGGACAUCAGCCGUCCGGAACAGCAACUGUCUCUACGACAUCGACAUCGUCAACCUCGACUUCUUCAUCAUCUGAAACUACUGCUGCUACGACGACGGGAGAAUCUGUUGCAGUCACAACCGACUCUGGGGUGGUCAAAACGGUCACAAUUCCCGCUGCCACAAAAGCAACUUCAACGUCUGCAGCGGACAACCUUUCAUCCGCAAAGAGUAGCGACAACUCUGGUAUGAGCUCAGGAACCAUCGCUGGUGUUGUGGUAGGCUCUGUCGGUGGUGCCCUCGCCAUCCUAGCCUUGAUAUUCGUGUUGUUCUUCGCGAAACGCAAAUCGCGGUCGAACAGCCCAGAUCCAAGUGUACAGUCCAUCCUGCUGGAUGGAAGACAAAGCAAAGGCUCACAGAUGAGUUUUAUGAAGGGCAUGUUUUCCGACAAUCAUAGUCAUACCUUGUCUGCCGGGUCCGCUGCCAGCCGCUUGCCAACGUUUACGGACAACCGCAUGAAAACCGAUACCGUUCUCUACGCGAAUGGCCGCCGAGAUAGCGAUGUGUCACUCCAGGAUAAUGAAGAUUAUUCUCGGCCUGUGUUGCGGCUCACGAACCCCGAUUAA